ACUCCACAAAUCCCGCAAAUGAUUCACUUCGUUCCAUUUGAAUCAGGUACCGAAGCAGUUACGUGCGUAAUGAAGCUUCGGACGUCACUGGUCACGUGACUUUUGCCAAACGAAGCAAGCCUCGACACAGUGCUUCUGAACCAGUGUGUUGUUUUUUUCGACACACGCUCCGGAGCGUCAGCUUCAAGCGGGCCAUCACUAGUUGCAAUAGCUGAAAGGCGUCUUUUUUCAAACUUAGCUUUCAAUACAGCAUUUUUAGUUCCAGGGCUUCAUUCCAGGGAGCAGAAAGCUAAUAUCUGAGAGUGUGUUAGCCCUGAGAUGAGGGAAAUUAUUUCAGUUCCAUAAAGAGAAUAUGACUUAUGCCUAUCACUGGACUAAGACCGCCGAGGCUAAAGGCUAGCCCGGACUGCUUGGCUUCGCCAAGGAGGCAGCCGCUAUGGACUAUCGGAGAGCUGGACUGUGACUGGCUAACGUGCUGUAGCAGAGACAGCAUCGGGUCCGCAGGGAGUGGAUUUAGUGUGGGACUGGUGAAUGGCGACCUACCGAUCAGCUGAACUAAAUACUGAAAGAGGGAUGAUCAACUAAACCUGGUGCUCUAUAGUCUUGUCGAUGUGAAACAAUAAAAAGUGGAAAGCAGCUGCUCAGACAUGGAGUGGUGUGAGCUGCCGUAUAACAGCUGGACAGAAUCUCAUGUUAGUUCCUGGCUGAAAUCCAUUGGAAUAAAAGAAAUGUACAGAGUAAAAAUAUUGGAGGAGGAAGUGACGGGACCAGUACUCAAAAUUGUAGACCGGGAUUUCCUCAACAAAACAAUUGGAAUGAAAAGUGGCCAAAUUAAACUCCUGCUGAAGAAACGAGAUGAGCUUUUAAUACCGGAAGAGCAGAAAAUAAAAAAUAAAAGUGAUUUGCCUCGCAAGUGUAGAGAUGGCAAAAAAGAAGCUGAUACAGAUGUAGGACAAGAAUCAAAGAUUUCAUCACAAGAACUAUGUGAUGGAGCAGAGGAUAAAAAUAUUCCUACAGAGAGCAAUGACAACAUAUCCACUACGGAAGUGAUUUUCUGUGACUAUCGUAAAUUUGACCAGGAUGAAAAGGACUUCAGGUAUGUGAAACAUCAUGUACUUCCUCCUGAGACAGGGACUGAAAACAUGAUGGUUCCAUGUCAUGAAUAUAAGUCACUUGAGAUUGCGCACACACUAGACUCAGACAGGUUACGAGUAAAAGUAGCCAGUGAAGUGUUAAGAUUUGCAUGUGCAUGCAUGAAUAUGAGAGCAAAUGGGACAAUUCACUUUGGCAUCAUGGAUAAAGUCACAGGAACUCACAAGCAUGGAGAAAUCAUCGGGAUACCUGUAAACAACCGAGAAGACUUUAUAGAAGCAUUAAACUACAUUGAAAGGUGCUUUGAAGAGUCACAACACAAAGUUGAUGCCAGGAGUUGCAUAAGGCACCCGCGAUUCAUUGAGGUGCUUGACAAGGAAAGUAGUGGGAACACAUGGGUCAUUGAAUAUGACAUUGUCCCAAAAGCGAGCAUUGUAAAAGAUAAGCUUUACUCUGUUUGUGUUCCUAAAUUCUCUGAGAAAGAAGGCAAAGGAAAGUGUGAGAAAGAGAAAAUUCCCUAUCACAGAGUUGGAGCAAAAACACCACGUGUACUUAAAGAUGAUCUUGUUCGUUUCAUUCAAGGACUGAGAGAAAAAGACCAACAGAGAGAGGAGGCAGAAUCUACAAGCAAUGAAACUCCUCUGGAGUUUGAAGAGGAUCAAAAGAGGAAACUUUCUAUCCUCCUAACAUGUGGGAGAAAAUACAUGGACAACUCUCUCUUUUACAUAGUUGUAACAAACAAAUUCCAACCAGCGCAUCUUGACAGCAUAAGCUUCUUAGUUCACAUGAAUUUAUUCUGUGUGUUUGACUUUGACCCAGAUUCAAAGACAUCUGGUCUUUGUGGAAAAUACAAGAAACAGAAACCAGCAAUAAACACUCACUUUUUUGAUGACUAUGCAAAAGACAAGAGAAUUGCAACUGAUGACAUCGAAAAGUCUUUACAACUUUUUGAGAGAAUAAGUUGGAUUUUCUGCAAUGGUAUAAACAACUUCCCUGGUGGAGAACAACCCUGUGAUGAGAAAACCUGGCUCAAAGACAGAAAAAAGAAACUGAAAAAAGUAGUGUCACUCAUCUGCAAUGACAUCCUUCCCAAACGUUCAUUUGUUGUUCUCUUCCUGCUCAUGUCUGAUGUUGAACAGCCAAUUGUUGAGACUUUCCAUGAAUUCUAUUCAGAAAUGACUGGCCAUGAAUUUUUGGCAGUUAUAUCAGAGUCAAAGGAAAACUACAAGAAGUGGUCAAGUCUUGCCCAGGUGUCCUCCCCCAUUUCUGAUCUCAAAGAAAUCAGCAUUGUUGAAAUGCCACUGAGUCACGUGGAUGCCACAGUUCAAAGCAUUCAACUAUUGAAAAAUCAAUCCACAAGGACAUUACCAGUCCUAAAUGGAGGCGUAUGCUUCCUAAAGUCUGAUGAAGAGUCUAUGCUAGAUUCUUUGGAAAUCAUCGGUGUUGACCAGUGUGAUGAUACAAAACUAGAGAUCAUGAGUGAAGAGAAAAUCAAACAAACUGAGAGCUACUUCUAUCGAGGUGGAAAGAUCAACUGGAUCAACUUCUGGCUUGCUGAUAAACACAAGUGUGGGGUGAUUAUAGAGAGAGAUGCCUACAAAGAAGCAAAUACCUUACUAGACAAAAUAGCACAUUGUCCCAAAGCCAAAUGCCCCAUAGAGAGUGUGAACAUAUACCAUCAUCCAGGUAGUGGUGGAAGUACAGUGGCACGGCAGAUCCUCUGGAGGUGGAGAAAUAAAGUGCGAUGUGCAGUUGUUAAGCAGGGUAAGGAACUCACAACUGUCUGUGAACAUGCAGUGAAAUUGAGGGAACAUAAUGAGACAGACAAAAGCAAAUGUCUCCCAGUACUGCUCCUGCUAGAGGACCACAAUCCACAUUACAUCAAUAACAUCAAAGUGCACCUUCAAAAUGUCAUUGCAACCAAAAAGAUAAGUCCAUCUGUGUUGUGCUUUAUCCUGCUCAUCUGCAACAGAUCAAAUGAUCCAGAAUAUAUAUGCAGAAAAUCAUCAUCUAAAACAGUUGCAGUCACUCACAAAUUAUCCAUAGAAGAGAAGCUUCUGUUCUCAAAAAAGCUUGAGCAACUCAAACUGCAAUUUGAACCUGACUUUAUCCUCACAUUUGUACUGAUGACUGAAGGGUUCGAGCGAAGCUACAUUAAAGACUUUGUAAAAAAUCUUCUAGAUAAAAUCGAUCAUUCAUCAUCCACAACUCGUCUCAUCAGAUUCGUGGCUCUCCUGAAUUGCUACGUAAAAGAUUCGUACAUGUCUGUGUCACACUGUGAAGCAUCUCUCGGCAUCGCAACAUAUAUGGAUAGAACUCAGUACCAUGCCUUUGUGGAUCAUCUAAGUGAUGAAGCCAGGCUCAUUUUUAUCCACCUUAAAGAAAGUUCAACACACAUCCAAUCCAUACGAAUUAUUCAUCCACUGGUGGCAGAAGAAAUUUUGAGUCAUCUGUCUGCUAAUUUGCCUCAGAAUGAUAUUGCCAAGGAUCUUGUCAGUGACAAGGUACUGAUCAAUCACAGGUUUGGCAGAGAUGAAUUUCUGAGGUUUGUCAGAGCUCUUUUCAUUAGACGCAACAAGAAGAGCAGAGGAGAUCCUAAAGACACAAGUUUUUCACCACUUAUUGAGCAUGUCUGCAGUGUUGAUGAAGAGGGUGUUCAGAAAGCUGUUGAGCUCAUGAAAGCUGCUUACAUAGAUUUAGGAGAGGAUGCAUUUGUAGCACAACAGCUUGCUCGGUUGCUUUACACAAAUCUUGGAUUUGAAGAGGCUCUUGAAUGGGCAGAGAAAGCAAAAUCUCUUCUUCCAUAUAACACAUUUAUACUCGACACCGUGGGACAAGUGUAUAAGCGGUGGUUUUAUCACAUGCGUGAUACCCCUGAAGAAAAACAGCCAUCUCCUGAAAGGUGCACCGAAAUCAUACACACAGCACUCAGAGGAAUUUCUGCCUUUCGGGCUUCUGAAAAAACACCUAAAAAAGAGACUGUCAACCUUAGCUCAUACUAUGGGGAAGUAGAUGUUGGCUGCAGCCUCCUAGAAUUCCUGUCAGGACUAGAUGUUUUUUCAAACGCUACUGGAAAGCUUAUGGACUACCUGCUGACAGACUACAUACCGGCAGAGGUCAAAAGACCCUGGCAGAAAUUUCAUCAACAGUUGAAAGGCUUACAGAGGAGCUUGAGCCAAGCACUUGAAUGCAUUUCUGAGGAACUCAGCUAUUUUCAAACUGACAUUAAUGAGGAGGAUGAAGAGCUUGAUGCCAGGGAUCCAGAGCAAGUGCACAAGCCAAGAGAGUGGCUGACAGACAAGAGUGCUGUAUAUGCUGGGUUUUUUUGUCUUACACCAGAUGAGAGUGGUCAAGCAACUGAAAUCAAUGAGAUUGACAUGGCUGGUCCACUUGUAAAGCUUUCUCCAUUCCAAAGACAGAUGAAGACCUACAGCCUUGGUGGAGGAAAUAUUACAUCCAUCCUCUCACUACUUUAUGACAAGAAUCCAAAGGACGCAGGAAAAAAACUUGAGGACAUCUUUAGCCUGUACCCAGAAAACCUGACCUGGAAGGACCUUGAUCCAACAGAACUCACAAACUUCAUCUUUUGCCAGAUAGCUCUCAACUGUAUUCUACCUGGUUCCUCAAAGCUCAUGUCUCUUAAAAAGUUACAAGAACUCAGCAAGAGAUUUGUGACAAAACGGAAAAACAUGUCAUCGGCAAAUGCUCUGUUCCUUCUCUUCCUUCUGUUUUGGCCCGAGACAAGUGAUGAAGUCAGUCAUAAUGACACUGAAAUUCUUUUAUCUGCCAUUGAUGCACUUCAAAAACUCUAUGAGCAAAAGAUUCAACAUAGGUCUGAGAGGAAAAGCAAGAUCAUAACUCACUUCUUUCUGGGAAAGGCAAGAGGUCUUAACAAGAUUGUUCACAGAAGCACUCUAGGAAACGCAAAAUGGCGUACAGGAGAAAUAUGGAAGACAGAAAAAGUUGUGAACCUUCUCAAACGGGUUGAAGGGUGGACAGAAAAUGAAAACUUGUUUGUGAAGUGUGGAAGCAGUGGCAAGAUCAGAGUCAUUCCUGUGUACAGUCACUCCCUGCCUCAUGGAAACGAAAAGGUAAACUUCUACUUGGGCUUUUCAUUUGAUGGUGUAGUUGCCUGUAACAUCGAAGUGAUGGACUAAUGUCUUCAGUGUAACUCUCCAAUAAAUAAUAAGUAAUAGUAAAUCUAGUUUACAUGAUCUUGAGCUAUAAAGAGUUACAGAGUCAAAUUUAAUAAGGCCUGUGUGAAACAAGAGUUAUUUCUUUCUGAGUUUGUUAUUGUUUCAGUUCCAAAUACCUUUUUUUUGCAUGUACCACUGAUCUUUAUAAUUAUAAAUAAAUAAAUAAAUAAUAAAUAAAUUUUUAUUUAUAUAGCACCUUUCAAGACAGAAUCACAAAGUGCUGCACAUAAAAUUACAAGUCAUAAAAAGAUUUAAAAAGACUAAAUAAAACAGGCAAAAUAUUAACCAAAAGCAGUUUUAAAAAGGUGAGUUUUGAGUUGUUUUUUAAAAACAGCUACUGAGUCGACAGUUCUUAAUGCUUGGGGGAGAGAGUUCCACAGUCUAGGGGCCACAGUGGCAAAAGCUCUAUCACCCUUAGUCCUCCUCUUAGUAUUUUUUAUAGCAAGUAAGCCCAGAUCAGAUGACCUCAAAGACCUGCUAGGGACAUAGGGCUGUAGCAGAUCAAAGAUGUAGGCAGGUGCCAGUCCGUGCACAGCUCUGUAGGUCAAGACCAGGAUCUUAAAAUCCACUCUAAAUUUAACAGGAAGCCAGUGUAACUGAGAUAACAACGGUGUCACAUGUGAGUACUUGGAGGAUCUUGUCAAAAGCCUAGCUGCAGCGUUUUGCACAACCUGCAGACGAUCCAGAGAACCUUUGGUAAGACACAUAAACAGCGAAUUACAAUAAUCCAAGCGUGACGAGAUAAAUGCAUGUAUAGCAAUCUCCAGUUCAGAUCGAGAUAAAAUCGGGUUUAGCCUAGCCACAUUUCUUAAAUGAUAAAAACAAGACCGAACCAGAGAUUUGACAUGCCCAUCCAAUGUGAAACUGGAGUCAAAGGUGACACCUAAAUUCCUGACAGAGGAUUUAACAUAGAGUGAGAGAGGACCAAGGGCUUUCACUAUCUGCGAUAGAAAUCUAUCAGGGGCGCAUACGAGGACUUCGGUUAUUUAAGUCCGGUUAAUUAUGACAACUGUAACACAUAUGCACACAAUGCUGCAUUAAUAUAACUCCUUACUGUGAUGGAUAUAUGGAGUUAAACUUGUACUGUUCUAACAGUAGUUCAUAUUGGUAAUUACAUUUGAUUCACGUUUGUGUUGACUUGUCUGUACUGAAAAUCAAUGUUGUUUCUUUACUUCUAGAAUUGUGAUGUUGUAUUUGCCCACAAAAAUGUCUUAAAAAGAGUUUUUAAUCCAAAUUACAUUUUUACUUGGAUAAAUAAAGGAUAACAAAAAUAAAAAGAAGAAUGUUCAAAAAGUCAGAGUUUAAAAAAAAAACAUGCAAAAAAAAAAAGAAUCACUGUAAAUAAUUUCUGAAACUAUUUUUAACAGUGUUUACAUUUGGAAAAAUGUGGAACAUUGUGUUUUUCUGUUGUUAGCAUUUUUUUUUUUAAUGAUCUUUGAAUGGUGAAACAAAGUGUGCCUCAUUUCUGAAAAAAAAAGGAUAUUCUUGAGAGACUGCAAAUGUGUUCUGAGAUCAUUUUAAUGUGAGACAAUACAGUUCUUUUACAGACUUUCAUGUAAAUACAGACUGCUUUCCUACAAGGCACAAGCAUUGCUUUUUCUACUUGACAAUAUUUGAUGAUAGCACUUUCUUAACUUACUGUUUUUAUUCAUUUUGUGUUUGUAUCAUGAAAUGUAGAAAUGUUAUUUGCAUUUACAUUUAUUUAGUGAAAACCUCAGUGUUCAACAUCCAGUGCAGAAAAAAUACAAGGUAAAUAAAGUUAAAUACAUCAGAA